UGCGCCGCCUCUUCCUCUCUAGUCUGACUUGAGAGCUGCUGCGAAAAUGGCGGUGUCUCGUCGCUCAUCGCAGCAACAACAGGGUAACCUGCUAUCUCCGCCACGAAACGGUUCUCUUUCGGUAAGUCCGCCGGGCUCUCCCUCGCUUAAUCUUGUGACAGCGACGUUAGUGCCUCCGGAUGGUGAGCGUGGAUGCAGCACGGGCAUGGAGAAUCCUUUGGCCUCCCCGGAUCUUCAAACCUCGGCCCUCAGCAGUGGGAGCAGUACAAGCCCGACCACAACAACCUCCGGCGGGGGGAGUAGUAGUGUCUCGAGCCCGGGUUCAGGAGGAACGACCCCUGGAGACGGUAGUGGGAUCGGUGGAGCUUUCAGGGAGCUAUUUGAGGCCUGUCGGAAUGGAGAUGUGUCCCGGGUGAAGAGACUUGUAGACUCGGUGAAUGUGAAUGCGAAGGACAUGGCCGGACGAAAAUCUACCCCUCUGCAUUUCGCUGCUGGUUUUGGCCGGAAGGAUGUGGUUGACCACCUCUUACAGACUGGAGCUAAUGUGCACGCCAGAGACGAUGGUGGCCUCAUCCCACUGCACAAUGCCUGCUCCUUUGGCCACGCUGAGGUGGUCAGUCUACUGUUGUGCCAAGGUGCAGACCCCAAUGCAAGGGACAACUGGAACUACACACCUCUACAUGAGGCAGCCAUCAAGGGCAAAAUUGACGUGUGCAUCGUGCUUCUCCAGCAUGGUGCUGAUCCCAACAUCCGUAAUACGGACGGCAAGUCUGCUCUGGAUCUGGCAGACCCUUCCGCCAAGGCUGUGCUCACCGGUGAGUAUAAGAAAGAUGAACUCUUGGAAGCGGCAAGGAGUGGCAAUGAAGAGAAGCUGAUGGCACUAUUGACCCCACUAAAUGUCAACUGCCAUGCCAGUGAUGGCCGCAAGUCAACAUCCCAAAAAAUGCUGUCCACCCCACUGCACUUGGCGGCUGGCUACAACCGAGUCCGUAUCGUCCAGCUACUGUUGCAGCACGGGGCAGACGUCCAUGCCAAGGACAAAGGUGGCCUGGUACCUCUCCACAACGCCUGCUCCUAUGGACACUUUGAGGUCACAGAGCUUCUGCUCAAGCAUGGAGCGUGUGUGAAUGCCAUGGACCUGUGGCAGUUCACUCCUCUCCAUGAGGCUGCAUCUAAGAACCGUGUGGAGGUGUGUUCGCUGCUGCUGAGCCAUGGUGCAGACCCCACCCUUCUCAACUGCCACAGCAAGAGCGCUGUGGACAUGGCCCCCACCCCCGAACUCAAAGAGAGACUAACCUAUGAGUUUAAAGGUCAUUCACUGCUCCAGGCAGCUCGGGAGGCAGACAUGGCCAAGGUGAAGAAGACCCUGGCUCUGGAGAUCAUCAGCUUCAAACACCCACAGACCAAUGAGACAGCCCUGCAUUGUGCCGUUGCCUCCCCUCACCCCAAACGGAAGCAGGUGACAGAGCUGCUGCUGCGCAAAGGUGCCAACAUCAACGAGAAGAACAAAGACUUCAUGACGGCCCUGCAUGUUGCAUCUGAGAGAGCACACAACGACAUCCUAGAGGUGCUGCAGAAACAUGGAGCCAAGGUGAAUGCGGUGGACACCCUGGGUCAGACGGCCCUCCACAGGGCAGCCCUGGCGGGCCACAUCCAGACAUGUAGACUACUGCUGAGCUACGGGGCUGACCCAGCCAUCGUCUCCCUGCAGGGCUUCACUGCCUCACAGAUGGGCAACGAGGCCGUGCAGCAGAUCCUCAAUGAAAAUGUUCCAACUCGUAACUCUGACGUGGACUACCGGUUUCUGGAAGCCGCUAAGGCUGGAGAUUUGGACACUGUGCAGCAAUUGUGCACUCCUCAGAACGUGAACUGUCGGGACCUGGAGGGUCGUCACUCCACCCCUCUGCACUUUGCUGCAGGCUACAACCGUGUGGCCGUGGUGGAGUACCUGCUACAUCAUGGAGCUGACGUACACGCUAAAGACAAAGGUGGCCUGGUGCCCCUCCACAACGCCUGCUCCUAUGGUCACUAUGAGGUGGCUGAGCUGCUGGUCAGACACGGGGCGUCGGUGAACGUAGCUGACCUCUGGAAAUUCACCCCCCUCCACGAGGCUGCUGCCAAGGGCAAAUACGAGAUCUGCAAACUGCUGCUCAAGCAUGGAGCAGACCCCACCAAGAAGAACCGUGAUGGUAAUAUGCCUCUGGACAUGGUGAAGGAUGGAGACACGGACAUCCAGGACCUGCUAAGAGGAGACGCUGCCCUGCUGGAUGCUGCUAAAAAGGGCUGUCUGGCCCGCGUCCAGAAACUCUGCAGCCCAGAGAACAUCAAUUGUAGAGACACACAGGGACGCAACUCCACUCCCCUGCACCUUGCAGCUGGCUACAACAACCUGGAGGUGGCGGAGUAUCUCCUGGAGCAUGGUGCUGAUGUCAACGCACAGGACAAAGGAGGCCUCAUCCCCCUGCACAACGCUGCCUCCUACGGGCACGUGGACAUUGCUGCCCUCCUGAUAAAGUUCAACACGUGUGUGAAUGCUACAGACAAGUGGGCCUUCACCCCCCUCCAUGAGGCGGCUCAAAAGGGCCGGACCCAGCUGUGUGCUCUCCUGCUGGCCCACGGAGCAGACCCCACCAUGAAGAAUCAAGAGGGACAGACGGCACUGGACCUGGCUACGGCUGAUGACAUCCGGGCCCUGCUGAUGGAUGCCAUGCCCCCAGACGCCCUGCCCAGUUGCUUCAAGCCCCAGGCCACAGUGGUCAGCGCCGGCUCGGUCAUCUCCCCGGCCUCCACGCCCUCCUGCCUGUCUGCAGCAAGCAGCAUCGACAACCUGGCCGGGCCACUCAACGAGCUGGGGGCCGCAGGGACCUCCGGGGUGGCCGACGGGGCCACGGGCUCCGAUAGGAAGGAGGGAGAAUUGGUGAUGUUGGACAUGAACAUCAGUCAGUUCUUGAAGAGCUUGGGUCUGGAGCAUCUGAGGGACAUCUUUGAGAGAGAACAGAUCUCUCUGGAUGUGCUGGCUGACAUGGGUCAUGAGGAGCUGAAGGAGAUUGGGAUCAACGCCUACGGCCACCGACACAAACUCAUCAAGGGAGUGGAGAGGCUGCUGGGAGGACAACAAGGUGCCAACCCAUAUCUGACAUUCCACUGUGCCAACCAGGGCACGGUCCUCAUUGACCUUGCCCCUGACGACAAGGAGGGACAAUCAGUGGAGGAGGAGAUGCAAAGUACCAUCCGAGAACACAGGGAUGGAGGCAAUGCAGGAGGGGUGUUCAGCAGAUACAACAUCAUCAAGAUCCAGAAGGUGGUCAAUAAGAAGCUGCGAGAGCGAUACACACACCGCCAGAAGGAGAUCUCCGAUGAGAACCAUAACCACCACAAUGAGCGCAUGCUCUUCCAUGGUUCUCCAGGUUCUCCGUUCAUAAAUGCCAUCAUCCACAAAGGCUUUGAUGAGCGGCAUGCAUACAUCGGAGGGAUGUUUGGAGCAGGGAUCUACUUUGCUGAGAACUCCUCUAAGAGUAACCAGUAUGUGUAUGGCAUCGGGGGCGGCACCGGAUGCCCCACUCACAAAGACCGCUCCUGUUACCUGUGCCACAGGCAGAUGUUAUUCUGCCGUGUGACCCUGGGGAAAUCCUUCCUCCAGUUCAGUGCCAUGAAGAUGGCCCACGCCCCCCCUGGACACCACUCUGUGAUUGGUCGGCCCAGCGUCAACGGCCUGGCCUACGCAGAGUACGUAAUCUACAGAGGGGAGCAGGCCUACCCAGAGUAUCUCAUCACCUAUCAGAUCCUUAAGCCGGAGAGCACAGCCACGUCUGCUGCAGGAGAGGAUCAGAAGUCCUAGUCCUGCGCCACCAGACCAAUUUCUCUCUUUCUCUCUCACACACACAUUCUCCUGACCCACAACAUUAUUGUAAUGCCUAAACCUUUUUCAGACUGAGUUCCAUUCUUCUUGUCCAGUAACAGUAAACUGGGCAGAUGACAUUAAAUAUAUUGUAAUAUACUGUAAUAUAUUAUGAAAUGUACUGUAAUAUAUUAAUGCAAUAAGGCCCAAGGAGGUGUGGUGUAUAUGGCCAAUAUACCAUGGCUAAGGGCUGUAUUCAAGCACUCUGCAUUGUGUCGUGCUUAAGAACAGGCCUUAGCUGUGGUAUAUGUCCAAUAUAUGGUAUAUGUACCACAGCUAAGGCCUGUUCUUAAGCGCAACGCAGAGUGCCUGAAUACAGCCCUUAGCCAUGGUAUAUUGGCCAUAUACUACAAACCCAGAGGUGCCUUAUUGCUAUUAUAAACUGGUUACCAACCUAAUUAGAACAGUAAAAAUUAUGUUUUAAUCUCAACUGUCGUAUAUUAUCUCCUGCUUGUGGUGAUAGUCUUUCAGUUUCCUUUGCAUUGGCUGCAUGUAUAGACAGGCGCAUGUAUGGCCAAUAUCGGGUGUGGGUUCCCCACUAGCUACCCUUGGAGAGGGGGUUGUAGAGAUUCACCCUCUCAUCUGCCCUGCAGUGUCAGAAUAAUUGGCUACCAUUCUCACCUAAUCGUGACUUGGAGAAUCACCUAUUUUCAACCCUAUUGUUCUCAACCAGUCUGUAACCCCUGUAAUACUGCCCCCCGCCCACCAUCCUUACAUACAUACUGUAUAGCCGUAGAAUAGCUUAGUGAUUUAUAAUGAUGCAGAUAACACUAGUACCACUUGGAUUACUCAAUAUUAUUAAUAGGAUUGUUUUUCUUAACUCUUCUUGAAUUACAUGCCUGAGGUAUAUUCCAGAUAAAGCAGAACUGAGGAAUUAGGAUGAGGAAUUCUAAUUCUAUGAGGAGAACACACAUGAUUUGGAAGAGAACAGUCAUCUACUCUGACAUAUUAUUUGUUGUACAAGAAAUGUGAACUCCACAACCCAGAUUGCCAUGGUCUUAUUCAUGGACUUCUUCAAAUUCAUGAGUAAAGAGUUGCACUUUUAAAUAGAUACUAUUUAAGUUAUUUGACAUUAAUUGCAAAUGUUAUGGUAAAAAAAAAUGUAUGUACAGGUCGUGUAAAUGGAUGUGUAUAACUGUUUUACAAUGUCAUUUGGAGUUUAUUGUAAAUUAAGUCUAAAUUCCUUUCUGGCCUUGAUUCUCUUUACUUUUUUGAAUAAACGUUGUCCAUGUAAGAGCAGUUCGUUGGACAUUUUGUUUUCA